CUUGGUUUAUGUCAUCCCUGUCCUGUCUGAGUGUUGUCUGUUUGUCUGAAUGUUGAACGUUGUCUGUUUGCGCGCCUGAUAAUCUGUCUGAGUCAGUGGAUCGGGAGGGGCUGACGGGCCCAGACUCCGCCACUGCGAACCUGGAAGACGUUCCACGGUCUGAGACCCCCCCGGGGGCACGGUCUGAAGUCCCCACAGGGGCACGGUUUUUUGGGGCCACUCACGUAUCAGAGGGAUACGUUGUGUUGGUUGGAGAAGAGGGGGCUGGACCCCCGCAGUCUCCUUCUGAGGUUUUGCUUUCGGUUUGGAACCGAAGCCGCACAGCGCGUGUUAGUCUUAUUUGUAUUGGUCUGUCGUUCCUUGUUUUCUGUUUAACCGUUCUCCUCCUAGAAACAGCCAUGGGACAGACUGUCACCACCCCCUUGAGCCUCACGCUUGACCACUGGUCAGACGUGAAGACACGAGCCAACAACGAGGGGGUCGUAAUCAAGAAGAAGAAAUGGAUCACUCUUUGCGAGGCCGAUUGGGUCAGAAUGGAUGUAGGAUGGCCUCGCAAGGGAACCUUUAACCUCAGUCUUAUUUCACAGGUAGAGGGAAAAGUUUUCGCUCCGAGUCCCCAUGGCCACCGGGACCAGGUCCCAUACAUUGCCAUGUGGAGACUCCUGACAACAGAACCUCCCCCAUGGGUUAAGCCGUUUCUCUUCCCCCUAGCCCCCCGGCAGCAGCAGCAGCGCUCGCCGAAUCUUGGGGCCGAGGAAACCAGAUCGGCGGAUCCCUCCCACUCCCUGUUCCUCCCAAACCCCACACCAGCAAGUCUUUUCCUCUCCCCGCAGCCCGCCGCUCCGGCACAGGCGGGCGCGCAGGCGGCGGGCGGGGGAUGUGGGAACGCGCAAGCGGGCGCGCAGGCGGCGGGCGGGGGAUGUGGGAACGCGCAAGCGGGCGCGCAGGCGGCGGGCGGGGGAUGUGGGAACGCGCAAGCGGGCGCGCAGGCGGCGGGUGCACAGGCGGGCGCGCAGGCGGGUGCGGGAUAUGGAAAUGCGCAAGCGGAUGCGCAGGCGGCCGCAGGAUAUGGCACCGGUGCUCAGGCGGGGCCCGGGACGGGAUCGGCGGGGGGCGGCUCCCCGGCCGGCGAAGGGCCACUGCCGAGCGCACUUCCUCCACUAUGGCACUGUGCUGGGACCAGCUUAGGGACGGCUGGGGAGGCCCGGUUUGGAGAGGGGGGCUUGGGAGGGACGGCGCCACCCGCGAGCGCCAAACCACCGCUCCCUCCCGCCCCUCCUACCUCCUCCCUUUACCCUGUUCUCCCACGAAAGGAUUCCCCUAAGGUUCCUGUCCUCCCCCCAGACCCCAAUUCACCUCUUAUUGACCUCCUGACAGAGGACCCACCACCAUACCCAGGGAAUCGGGUGCCGGAGGGACCGGCGGCCCCUACAAUGGCACCAGAGGGACCGACUGCCCCCGCGGAGGCGCCUGAACAGCCUCUAAGGAGAGAGAGAGAAGAUGAGACUCCAGCUCCCUCCCCAAUUGCCGGUCGCCUACGAGGAAAGCGCGACGAGCCAGCCAAGGAGUCCAGAGCCUUUCCCCUUAGGGAAGGUCCUAAUCACCAGCUCCAAUACUGGCCAUUCUCAGCCUCUGACCUCUACAACUGGAAACAACAUAACCCUCCUUUCUCUAAGGACCCUGUUGCCUUGACUAACCUGAUUGAGUCCAUUUUAGUGACCCACAAGCCCACUUGGGAAGAUUGUCAGCAGUUACUGCAGACACUCCUGACGGUGGAGGAAAAACAGCGGGUCUUCCUGGAGGCUCGGAAGCAGGUUCCAGGAGACGAUGGAAGACCCACCCAAUUGCCUAAUAUCAUUGACGCAGCCUUUCCCCUCACCCGCCCGAACUGGGACUUCGCGACCCCGGAAGGUAGGGAGCACCUACGUCUCUAUCGCCAGUUGCUCUUGGCGGGUCUCCGAGGGGCGGCUAGACGUCCUACCAAUCUGGCCCAGGUUAGGAAUGUGACCCAGGGAAAGGAAGAAACGCCGGCAGCGUUCUUAGAAAGGCUUAGAGAGGCAUAUAGGAUGUAUACCCCGUAUGAUCCGGAAGAUCCAGGACAGGCGCCGGGUGUCAUCCUGUCUUUCAUAUAUCAGUCAAGUCCAGAUAUAAGGGCCAAGUUACAGAGACUGGAAGGAUUGCAUUCACUCAGCUUGUCAGAUUUAUUGAGAGAGGCAGAAAAAGUGUUUAAUAAGAGAGAAACUCCCGAAGAGCGGGAGGAGAGGUUAUGGCAGAGACAGGAAGAGAGAGAUAAAAAGCGUCAUAGGGAAAUAACUAAAGUCCUGGCCACUGUAGUGUCUCAGGGACAGAUCAGUGAGGGAGUUAGGACAAAAGAUCGAAGAAGGACAUCGCUUGACAAAGACCAGUGUGCUUACUGUAAAAAGAGAGGACAUUGGGCUCGUGAAUGCCCAAAGAAGCAAGCUCAAGGGUCUCGGAGACCUAAGUCAAGGGCCACGGACCUCCUCAAUCUGGAGGAUUAGGGAGGUCAAGGCCAGGAGCCCCCCGAGCCUAGGAUAACUCUCAAGAUUGGGGGGCAGCCAGUGACCUUCCUGGUGGACACCGGGGCUCAACAUUCAGUCCUGACCCAUACCGGAGGCUCUCUCAGUGACCGCACAGCUUUGGUCCAGGGGGCCACAGGUAGCAGGAGGUAUCGAUGGACCACCGAGAGAAAGGUUCAGCUGGCAUCUGGACAGGUAACCCACUCUUUUUUGCAUAUACCUGACUGCCCUCACCCAUUAUUGGGCCGAGACCUAUUGACUAAGCUCAAGGCUCAGAUCUAUUUUGAUGAUGGGGUCGACCGUUACAGGACCCAAAGGGACCCCCUACAAGUCCUAGCCCUAAAACUGGAAGAGGAAUACCGCCUGUUUGAAUCUGAGCCCUCUAAGGGGCCACUACAAGAAAUGCAGGACUGGUUGAGGGAAUUUCCCUCGGCAUGGGCAGAGACUGGCGGCUUGGGGCUGGCUCACGACCAACCCCCACUUGUUAUUCAGUUAAAAGCCUCCGCCACUCCUGUUUCAAUCAGACAGUAUCCUAUGUCCCGGGAAGCCCACGAGGGCAUUAAACCACACAUCCGGAGGCUUUUGGACCAGGGAGUACUUGUGCCCUGCCGAUCACCUUGGAAUACCCCCCUCCUGCCUGUAAAAAAACCUGGGACAGGGGAUUACAGACCAGUUCAAGACCUGAGGGAGGUUAAUAAACGGGUUGAAGAUAUACACCCCACGGUGCCAAACCCUUACAACCUCCUCAGCACUCUUCCACCAACCCAUGUUUGGUAUACGAUACUGGACUUGAAGGAUGCCUUCUUCUGUCUGAGAUUGCACCCCCAGAGCCAACUGCUGUUCGCUUUUGAAUGGAGAGACCCAGAGAUGGGACUUUCAGGACAGUUGACCUGGACUCGGCUCCCCCAGGGGUUUAAAAACAGCCCAACUCUCUUUGAUGAAGCCUUACACUCAGACCUAGCUGAAUUCCGGGUUGAACACCCGGCCUUAAUCUUGCUCCAAUAUGUGGACGACCUCCUCCUAGCAGCCAGAACCCAGGCUGAAUGUCUGAGAGGCACUCGGGCCCUUUUGACUAAACUGGGACAGAAGGGCUAUCGGGCUUCGGCUAAGAAGGCUCAGAUUUGUCAAAAUAAAGUCAUUUACCUGGGUUAUGCCCUAGAGGGAGGGCAGAGAUGGCUCACGAGAGCACGGAAAGAGGCCAUACUCUCCAUACCCCCUCCAAGGAACCCCCGCCAGGUGCGGGAGUUCCUAGGUACAGCCGGCUACUGUCGCCUCUGGAUCCCAGGUUUUGCUGAGAUGGCUGCCCCCCUGUAUCCUCUCACCAAGCCUGGAACCAUGUUCCACUGGGGAGAGGAGCAACAACAGGCCUUUCAACGAAUUAAGAGCACCUUGCUUGAGUCACCAGCUCUUGGCCUACCAGAUCUGACCAAGCCUUUUGAACUGUUCGUGGACGAGAACUCAGGCUUUGCAAAAGGAGUACUGGUACAGAGACUGGGGCCAUGGAAGAGACCUGUAGCUUAUCUAUCCAAGAAAUUAGACUCGGUAGCUGCAGGAUGGCCCCCCUGUCUGCGCAUGGUAGCCGCCAUUGCUGUUUUGCUCAAGGAUGCAGGGAAACUGACUUUGGGACAGCCAUUAACUGUGUUAUCCUCCCAUGCGGUGGAAGCUCUGGUCCGGCAGCCCCCAGAUAGAUGGCUCUCAAAUUCCAGGAUGACCCACUACCAGGCUCUGUUGCUAGACACAGACCGAGUGGUGUUCGGACCAGUUGUCUCCCUCAACCCCGCAACCCUGCUGCCCUUGCCAGACCCAUCCGAGGAGCACAAUUGCCUCCAGAUUCUGGCGGAGGCCCAUGGCACCCGCUCUGACCUAACAGAUCAACCGCUGUCGAACCCAGAUUUUAUCUGGUUCACGGAUGGGAGCAGCUUCCACCAAGAAGGGGAACGGAGGGCCGGAGCAGCCGUUACCACCGAAUCAGAGGUAGUUUGGGCCUCACCGCUGCCGCCUGGAACAUCGGCCCAAAGAGCAGAGCUGAUCGCCCUGACCCAGGCCCUCCGGAUGGCGGAAGGUAAGAGACUCAUGGUUUAUACCGACAGCAGAUAUGCCUUCGCCACUGCUCAUGUACAUGGAGAAAUCUACAGAAGAAGAGGCCUCUUGACCUCGGAGGGUAAGGAAAUUAAAAACAAAAAGGAAAUUUUAGACCUCUUAAAGGCAUUGUUCCUCCCGCAUCAGCUCAGCAUCAUACAUUGUCCCGGGCACCAAAAAGAUGACUCUGUCGUAGCACGGGGAAAUCGGCUGGCUGAUCUGACAGCCCGGACAGUCGCCUUACAAUCCCCUAGGGGCGACCAGCUGUUGGUCUUGCAGGACCAGCAGCCAAGCAGAGACCCCAUGCCCUACAGCCCGGAGGACCAGGAACUAGCAAAGAAAAUGGGGGCGAAAUGGAGCCCCGAGCGACAAGCUUAUAUAAUGGAUAACAAAUUAGUUAUGCCAACCUCCCAUACCAAAUACAUGCUCAAGUUCCUCCACGCGUUAACCCAUUUGAGCAAAAACAAGAUGAGGGCCCUUCUGGCUGAUGAGGCUUCGGACACUGUAUUAUUGAAUCAGGAACAGGUCCUCCAACAGGUGACUUCCAGCUGCCCUGCUUGUGCCCAAGUUAAUCCAGGAAAAGCCCAUCUGAGCAGAGGGAGCCGCCUGCGAGGUCACCGCCCUGGAGUCCAUUGGGAACUUGACUUCACCGAGGUAAAACCCGGACUAUAUGGAUAUAAAUACCUUCUGAUCUUUGUAGACACAUUUUCAGGGUGGAUGGAGAUCUUCCCUACCAAGAAGGAGACCGCUAACGUGGUAACCAAGAAGCUCCUGGAAGAAAUUUUUCCCAGGUAUGGAAUGCCCCAGAUAUUGGGGUCAGACAAUGGGCCCGCCUUCGUCUCCCAGGUAAGUCAGAAGGUGGCCAGGCUACUGGGGAUUGAUUGGAAACUUCAUUGUGCAUACCACCCCCAGAGCUCAGGACAGGUAGAACGUGCAAAUAGAACCAUUAAGGAGACUUUAACCAAAUUAACGCUUGCAACUGGCACUAGAGAUUGGGUGCUCCUCCUCCCCCUAGCCCUUUACCGAGCCCGGAACACUCCUGGGCCUCAUGGCCUAACCCCGUUCGAGAUUAUGUAUGGGGCUCCCCCACCAAUUGUAAAUUUCCUUCACCCUGACAUCUCCUCUUUUGCCACUAGCCCUACCCUAGAGGCACACCUCCAAGCCCUCCAACUGGUGCAAAAGACGGUGUGGAAACCCCUGGCGGAUGCCUACCGGGAGCAACUGAAUCGCCCGGUGGUGCCUCACCCAUUCAAGAUUGGGGACUCUGUCUGGGUCCGACGCCAUCAAUCCAAGAACCUAGAGCCGAGGUGGAAAGGACCAUACACCGUCCUGUUAACUACUCCCACCGCACUCAAGGUUGAUGGGAUAGCGGCUUGGGUCCACGCAUCGCAUGUGAAGGCUGCCAAGGAACCCGACGAAGCUGAGAGCACCGAGACAUCAACAUGGAAAGUUCAACGAUCUCCAAACCCACUAAAGAUAAGACUCAGCCGGGGGUCCCCUUGAUCCCCCUAAUAGUCCUCCUCCUGACAUUAAGAGGGGCAUCACCAAAGAGCCCCCACCUGGUUAAGAAAAUUACCUGGCAGGUCAUUUCCCAAACUGGGGAUGUAGUUUGGUCCACGACUGCUCAGCAUGCUCCUAACACAUGGUGGCCCUACUUGACUCCCAAGAUAUGCGACCUAGUCGCUAGGCUGGAUACCUGGGAUAUCCCCGAGUACACCCACACCAACAGGCCCUCUGUCCUAAAUGCAGACCACUACAAUGUUAUGUCUCGAAAGAAACGGGCCAUACAGACUGGGGUUACAGCACAAGGACAACAUAUAGCCGACUCAC